GAUGGUUGUUAUUGUUGUUGUUGCUGUUGCGUGUGUCCGAAUUGCCUUUCAAAAGUCAAAUCAAAAAAAACAAAAUUCUUCGCGUGCUGACUGUUGCAUGCAACGGAGGUGUUUGAGCAGUGUGUGAUACCGAUUUUUACUUAUUCUGUUUUUUUUCAAAACAAAAAUAUAACGUAAUAUAUACGUUUAAUACCUUUUAUAAAUAUUUGUCUGUUGUUAUUGGUUAAAUAAACAAUCAAUUACGGUGGCGUUAACCCGUUCCAACGGGGCGGCCAAAUAAUUCUUCCCUCUUCACGGAAGGAAGUAACUUAAUAUUUAAAAAAAAAAAAAAAAAAAACAAAAUUCGAAAAAACCAUGUGUAUACCUUUGUGAACCCAUCCCAGGACCCGAGAAGCACAUCCCGUUUUCAGACACCGCUGACAUUAUGGCUGGCCCGCAGGCGGAGGGCAUGUAAAUAUCGAAAAACCGCCGGACGACGAAGAGAAGCACCCAACACAACCCCCUAGAAGAUUGAGUUAUCCCAGGCGGACAGCAUGCAAUCCCUGCGCAGCUGCCCGGCCCGUGGCCUCAUCCUGUCCAGGGCCAUGCGCGGCCAGCGCAGCCUGCGGAUGAGCUGGCCACGGCGAAGCGGCACAGCCGGUGGAGCCGGCGGAGCAGCGCCCAGUGGCGGCACCACCAGCGCCACCACCACCGUUGGCCUUGGAGCGCUGCAAAAGCUGCGGGAGUGGCAUGCGAACGCCUUCAGCAGCCGCUUCCUGCUCUUCACCAAUGUGGGCAUCUCGCUGACCCUCAGCUGUGUGGGCGACAUCCUCGAACAGCACCUGGAGAUCUAUUGCGGCGAAAUCGAACGCUUCGAGUCCACCCGCACCGCCCACAUGGCCACCAGCGGUGUGACGGUGGGCGUGAUCUGUCACUAUUGGUACAAGAUGCUGGACAAACGACUGCCCGGUCGCAGUAUGCGCGUGGUGGCCAAGAAGAUCGUGCUCGACCAGCUGAUCUGCUCGCCCAUCUACAUAACGGCCUUCUUCGUCACCCUGGGCCUGCUGGAGCGGAAGGACAAGCACGAGGUGUGGGAGGAGAUCAAGGAGAAGGCCUGGAAGCUGUACGCCGCCGAGUGGACGGUGUGGCCGGUGGCGCAGUUCGUCAACUUCUACUGGGUCCCCACCCAUUACCGCAUCUUCUACGACAACAUCAUCAGUCUGGGCUACGACGUGCUGACCUCGAAGGUCAAACACAAACAGUCGCACUCGCACCUCAAGAAGGUUCCCUAACCCAGCGCCAGCCUGCGCCACUCCUCCCUUCCUUGUAACUAUUUAUUAUCAAAGCGAAAACCUUGUAAAUACAGACGAGCCCGUGUACAGAGACCAAGCCAGUGUGUGUUAUGUCAAUUGGAAUUUCUGGAAAUUACUGCUCACCAAGGAUCUAUUAAAACGAUCCGGAGCGAAGAAGGAAGCCCGAGCCGAUGACGCACAUCCAGUGGGUCGGCGGCGAUAAGAUUCCCUGUAGCAACAGUCGGGCUAGCAAACAGGCGAUGCGAUGAGAUGCGAGGCGAUGAGAUUGGGACGCUGCCAAGCCUACCUUAUGAGUUGCUUCCACCUGAUAAGCGCUGCCUAGCAGCCGUCUUAAAAAUAAUUCACAGGAAUAAUGACCAGUGAUAAGGGGCUAGGGGGCAUCAUUAGAAAAUGUAUAGCUAUAAAUAUAGAUGGACACGUGAGGGCUGCCAUUCUAUAGCCGAACUCACGAAUUUCCAAUUCUGCUGAUUUGACUUUCAAAGGCUCUAACUGAAAUUAAUUAGAGGUGUGUCGAGGAGGUGAAAGACUACACUAGGAGAAAAUCUUAAGCUUCAAAG